AUGUCGUACUUCUUCUCCACCCCCGUCGACAUCGACGUCGUCCUCGAGGACACGGACGAGCGCGCCAUGGUCGACGUCCGCCUCGACAAGAACCGCCGCGAGAAGGCGCCCCUCUACAUGGACGGCGAGAGCGUCAAGGGCGCCGUCACCGUCCGCCCAAAGGACGGCAAGCGCCUCGAGCACACCGGCAUCAAGGUCCAGUUCAUCGGCACAAUAGAAAUGUUCUUCGACCGCGGCAACCACUACGAGUUCCUCUGCCUCAACCAGGAGCUCGCCGCCCCCGGCGAACUCCAGCACCCCCAGACCUUUGACUUCAACUUCAAAAACGUCGAGAAGCAGUACGAGUCCUACAACGGCAUCAACGUCAAGCUGCGCUACUUUGUCCGCGUCACCGUCGCCCGCCGCAUGGCCGACGUCGUCCGCGAGAAGGACCUCUGGGUCUACAGCUACCGCAUCCCCCCGGAGAUGAACAGCAGCAUCAAGAUGGACGUCGGUAUCGAGGACUGCCUGCACAUCGAGUUCGAGUACAGCAAGAGCAAGUACCACCUCAAGGAUGUCAUUGUCGGCCGCAUCUACUUCCUCCUCGUGCGGCUCAAGAUCAAGCACAUGGAGCUCAGCAUCAUCCGCCGCGAGACCACCGGCGCCGCGCCCAACCAGUAUAACGAGAGCGAGACGCUGGUGCGCUUCGAGAUAAUGGACGGCUCGCCGUCCCGUGGCGAGACUAUCCCUAUCCGCCUCUUUCUCGGCGGCUUCGACCUAACACCAACCUUCCGUGAUGUCAACAAGAAGUUCUCCACGAGAUACUACCUCAGUCUGGUCCUGAUAGAUGAGGAUGCCAGAAGGUACUUCAAGCAGUCGGAGAUCUUGCUCUACAGGCAAGCGCCGGACGCGGUUAACAACGCCGAUCCCGGGGCCAUCGCAACUGUUCCCGAGUCGACGAGACCUGCGCAUGUGCCAGCGCAGACUUAA